GGUCUUGCGUUGUAACGACGUUCUAUACGUUGGUGGAUUUGUGUGGCGUGUGGCACUAAUUCAAUUCUUCGGCUUGACGUGUUUUUUCUUUUAAACUCUUCAUUUAAACUCUUUCGUAUUGGAAUAUAUCGUCGUAAUUUUAGCCGUGUUAUUUAUCGCAUUAUUACCAAUAUAAUUAAUACAAAUACAUAUGAAUGUAUAUGAAAAACAACAAACGUGUAAACGGAAUAUAAUAUUUAAAAUUGUGGAAAAAAGUGAUAUGUAUAUGUACAUAAUUGUAAAAAAGUACAAAAUAAAAAGAAAAAAGGCAAAUAUGUAUUAAGAUAAAAUUAAAUAAUACUUAUACAAUCAUACACCAUAUUAACAUACAAAGUUAAUAAAAAUUAACAAAAUAUUAAAUAAUAAUAAAAACAAACAAAAAAACAAAAAAAGUUAAAAUAUUUACAUAGUUCAAUACUUAUCGAGUGUCGGAAAAGCGUUUCCAUCAUUUAUUGUUGGAAUACACGGCGCUAACAGCAAUAAUUGGAAUUUUAUAUUUAACACUUGGAUUAAAAACCGCCAAAAUUGUGGAGGCACUUAAAAUGAAGACUGAGCUGCGUUCCUGCGCAGCGUGUGGGGAACCAAUCUCGGAUAGAUUCUAUUUAGAGGUUGGUGGCUGUUCGUGGCAUGCUAACUGCCUUCGGUGUUGCAUGUGUAUGUGUCCCUUGGAUCGUCAACAGUCAUGUUUUAUACGUGAAAGACAAGUUUAUUGUAAGGCUGAUUACAGCAAAAACUUUGGUGCAAAAUGUUCAAAAUGCUGCCGUGGUAUUUCAGCUUCCGACUGGGUGCGGCGAGCCCGUGAUUUAGUUUUCCACUUAGCCUGCUUUGCUUGUGAUCAAUGUGGUCGACAGCUAUCGACAGGUGAACAGUUUGCGCUCAUGGAAGAUCGAGUACUGUGUAAAGCCCAUUAUUUGGAAACAGUUGAAGGAGGUACUACAUCAAGUGAUGAUGGCUGUGAUGGUGAUGGUUAUCAUAAGAGCAAAACGAAACGUGUUCGUACUACAUUCACAGAAGAACAAUUGCAAGUGUUACAGGCCAAUUUUCAAAUUGACAGCAAUCCAGAUGGACAGGAUUUGGAAAGAAUUGCCUCGGUGACGGGUCUGAGUAAACGUGUGACGCAAGUUUGGUUUCAAAAUUCGCGAGCACGUCAGAAAAAACACAUACAUGCUGGUAAGAAUAAAAUGCGAGAACCUGAAGGUAACUCUUUUGCCCGCCAUAUUAACCUGCAGCUGACGUAUUCAUUUCAGAAUAACGGUCAAAAUCCCAUGCAAAUGAACGGCAAUAAAACGGGAUUAUAUCCGCCACAUGAAUCUUCAAUGGAUGAAUUAUCACAAGAUUCCAGUGUGCAUUGUAUGCAAAGUGAAGUGUGACUUAUUGAUUCUUUUAAACCCCAUUAGAGCAAUUAUUUAUUUCCUUUUGUUUGCAAAAACAAUUACUAAAUAUUUAAAAUAUUUUAAGGAGACAAAAACAAAAAAUAUAAAUAACGUCCUAAACCUAGUCAAAAUUGCAAAAAAAAAUCGUCCAAUUCUUAAGAAUACUAGAAAUCAAUUUAUCGCACAAAAUUCUAUAAUUCAUCAAAAAACUAAAAUCACUCCAACAUCUUGCUCAAAUUUUCUAUUUAUUUUAUUUCUUCUUGAUAAGAUUAGGUACAUACAUGUAAAUUAUAACAGUGAAGUGCAAAAGAAAACUAUAUAUAAUUUUUUAUGGAAUGGAAAUUUGCAAAUAAGAAAAGUAAUUCAAAAGCAAAACUAGUAAAAUUAUUUAUAUAAAUUAAUUCAGUUAAGUUUUUAUUAAAAUUAAUUAAUUAUGUACAUACACUAAUAAAAACAUAUACAUACAAACAUACGAGGCACAUUGACAUUUUUAUGUAUACAAACCGAUUCGACUUUUACAAUUUUUUUUCGAAUUCAAUGAAAAGAAUUGGAAUUUUAAAAAUAUUCCAGCAAAAUCUUUACUAACCCGGUAAGCAGUUAGUAAUAUUGGAGCAAAGUGUAAUUUCACUCAGUUAUUUUAUCCCGAUUUUUUUAAUGGUUUUAAUACAAAUGUAAAAAUCAAUAGUUACUUUUCAAAAAACUUUUAAUAUCGAUUAGGUUUAAAAACACUGUCUAAUUUCUAAUAAUGUUUAUUCAAUCUCGGCCAAAACAGCUGAAUUUAUUUAUAUAUUCCUGGAAUAAAAUAAAUUUCUUGGUUAUAAAGAAAAGGAAACAUAUAAAAGUAUCCCAGCAUAAACUUACAUUGAAAAAUAAAAAGUUUAAACGCUAAUAAAACCACUCUCUCAUCGGUAUUCUAACACUGCGAUGUCAUUGGAGGCUAAUACUUACAAUGCUUACUUACAAAGAGGAAGUAGUUUUGUUUAAAUAAACAAAAAAAGUAAGCAGUUGAAUAAGUAAAUUACCAAGAUUUGGCUAGGAUGUAUUGCAUUUGUGCCUAAAUACCAUCCUAUGUAUGUAUGUGCAAACACCAACAGACAGACAGACAGACAGACAGACUGACUGACAUGAACACACACAUAUUUAAUUUAGAUAAACAAUUUGUAUUCAUGUAAUUUACUAGACUACAAUUCCAUAUAAUUUUAAGAGAGAGAAAAAAAUAAAAGUUGUUAUUGUUUAUUCCUUGUUUUUUUAUAUUAUUGUAAUUUUCUUUUAUUUAAAAAUUAAGUUAAGUAUAAAUAAC